GCAGCAGCGUGAGGAGCGGUGACGUUCGAACGGCGCUCCCGGAAAGCGAGAGAAACGUUGGGGCAACGUGAGUGGUCCGAGCUUGAGGUUGCUUCAACGUUUUCAGCAGCGCCAGAGUUAAAAACGCUGUUGACAGCAGCAGGAUCUGGGCUGCCGUCCACCCAGAGAGGCAGAGACAGCGGAGACCCGGGUUGUUCUUCAUCAUGGCUCUCAAUAAGUCCAUGCAUCCACGCAACCGGUACAAGGACAAACCCCCAGACUUCGCCUACCUGGCCUCCAAAUACCCGGACUUCCAGCAGCAUGUCCACACCAGCCUCACAGGAAGACCCGUUGUGAAUUUCAAAGAGCCGGAGGCGGUGCGAGCCCUGACCUGCACUCUGCUGAAGGAAGACUUUGGGUUGAGCAUCGAGAUCCCGCUGGAGCGCCUCAUCCCCACCGUCCCACUGCGCCUCAACUACAUCCACUGGGUGGAGGACCUCAUCGACGGCCAGAAGCAGCCACGCAGGGGCAUCGACAUCGGCACCGGAGCUUCCUGUAUUUAUCCCUUACUGGGAGCCACAAUGAACGGCUGGUACUUCCUCGCCACAGAGGUGGACGACAUCUGCUUCGACUACGCCAAGAAGAACGUGGAGCAGAACAAGCUGUCUGACCUGGUUAAAGUCGUAAAAGUCCCACAGAAGACUUUACUGAUGGAUGCCUUAAAAGAAGAGACGGAGAUUAUUUACGACUUUUGCAUGUGCAAUCCGCCUUUUUUCGCCAACCAGCUAGAAGCAAAGGGGGUGAACUCCAGAAACUCGCGCCGGCCUCCUCCCAGUUCGGUGAACACGGGCGGGGUAACCGAGAUAAUGGCGGAGGGCGGCGAGCUGGAGUUCGUCAAGAGGAUCAUCCACGACAGCCUGCAGCUGAAGAAACGGCUGCGGUGGUACAGUUGCAUGUUGGGGAAGAAAUGCAGCCUGGCACCUUUGAAAGAGGAGCUGAGGAAGCAAGGGGUGCCCAAAGUGACCCACACUGAGUUCUACCAGGGCCGGACCAUGCGGUGGGCGCUGGCCUGGAGUUUCUAUGAUGACGUGACUGUCCCUUCUCCUCCGAGUAAGAAGCGUAAGCUGGAGAAGGCUCAGAAGCCGCUGUCGUUCACGCUACCAGAGGCGGGUGUAAAGGAGCUGCAGGCCAAGGCGGCGGCUGCAGGAUGCAGCAGCAGCAGCAGCAUCAGCAGCCCUGUGGACAGCAUCACUGCUCUGCUGGAGAAAAGCCUCACCGAGCUGCGGGUGCUGCAUAGGCGCGUCCCCUGCAGAGAGCAGGAGCAGAGUCUCUUCCUGACAGCUGUGGAGAACACCUGGAUCCACGGUCGACAGAAGAGGCGCGAACAGACCCGCCAGCUGCGAGAGCUUCCCAGGGCGCCUCCGUGUGCGGGAACCAGCUCACAGAGCGGCGCGGCCACGGCUGCUCCCGUUUCCACCCAAAACCAGCCCGUCUCCACAGCUAGCGACACGAGCGACUGCGCCGACCUCAAGGGCAAAGCUUUUCCUUCGAAGGAGUCAAGUACAGAAACCGAGACCACAGCUGGGGGCCAAGAUGCAGGGGCUAAGGAUGUGGACAUGGAUUCUUCCGUCUCCGCUGAUCCAGGACAGGAAAGCGACGUGAAAACCGCUGCUGCCGCGAGCGCCGGAGACGCGGGGCGGCCCCGGACCCCCGGCGUGGUCGACUGCUUUCUGUUCAAGUGUCUGCUGAACGUGAUUCCAGAGGGAAGCGACGUAGGGAUCGAGAUGCACUGGGUGGAGGGUCAGAACAAAGACCUGAUGAAUCAGCUGCGUACGUACCUCAGGAACGCACUUCUGAAGUCUGUGGGCAAGGUCUGACUUUCAGGGAGGCAGGAGCCGGUCUCAGAGCGGUAUGUUCAGACUUUAAACACUGAAGUGUUCAUUUUAGAAAUUAUUUCUACGGUUUUAUAAAAUGAAAAAACUGCUUCAAGUUCUUUAAUAUUUUACUUUUUUUGUGUGUGCUAUUUUACCUUUUUAGGUAAUUUUUACUUUUCAAGCACAUAAUCUGUCCGAACUUGUGGAAUAAAUAUCGUUUUUUUUGGUAAAAUC